GCUCCCCUUCCCGCAGUUGAAAUCGAGAGUCAACACAGCCACAGCAACAAGGAAAUCAAUCAGAAAAACAAAUGGAUAAGACCUCUAGCGGAGAAGCACAACUGAAAUUGAGGCUUUGCAAGCGCUGCAAACACCACUACUCCCCUUCUUCCAACAUUCCUACAUCUUGCCGCUUUCACCCUUCAUUCUUCGUCUGCCGCCGCCACGACGAUCAGAAAAGGUACUACGAAUUGGGGCCUGAUGAUCCCACUUAUGCUGCCAAAUUUUAUGAUUGUUGUGGUGCAGAGGAUGUGGAGGCACCUGGCUGUACUACCAGUUUUCAUAUUUCAUAUGAUGAAGAAUAAACAAGGAUCACACCCCAUGAUAACUCGACAUUGGAGAUGCCAAUGGUUGUGAUUGUCCAGGCAUAAUUUAUUUCAUGGUGUAGAUCAGGUAGAGUUAUUUCAUUGUUUCUUUGUGAAUGUGAAAGUGAGGAGUGAUCUUUACACCCUCCUUCUAGUUAGCUAAGUCUCGAGAUCAUAUAGUGAACCCUGAUGAGCAGGUGAAAUUGGAGAGACUACUUGUUCACACAUAUAGGUUUUUCAGUAGCAAGCCUAGGAAUAAAUGUUAUGUGGUCGUGAUCAAGUUUGACAGAGGAAGAUGCUGUCAGUUUGUAUGGGUUUGGGGGAUAAUGGUUGUCUUACUGUUGCCCCAUCUUUGCGAUCUCCAUAUGGUGCUACUACACCUGCCAUCUGCAUAUUCACUGUAUUAAGGCUACAUAUACAGCCUGAAGCCCUUUGAAUCUUGUCUUGUAUUUAUUUUACAUAUGAUGCUAAUUUUCCGCAUCUGGCAAGUCCAUUUAUUAUGUUGUAUUGACUAUUGAGUGUGAUCAAUUACUGGUCUCUGAUAUGUUUAGUGAACCAGGAGUUGGUCUGCUCUUAUUAUGCUUGCUCCUGUGUCUUGAUCCAAACACAAUAAGGUAAUCAAUCAAUUGUCUGGUUUACUUAAU